UAUUCCGACGAUUCGGACGGUUAUCGUGGGUGCUUGAGCGCAUGGUUAUUCGUGGUUCUUAUCGUGACUGUCGACGAAAAUCAUAUUAAAUUGUUCUCGCGACUCGAGCGAUUCUCUUUUGCGGACAGUGAACGGGAAAGUGGAAGUGGAAAAGCGGAAAACCCCGUUGAAAACUCGUGAAUAGUUGUGAGCAGUGCCAAGAAACAAACAAGUACAAAAACGAAUGAAUCAAAAACCUUAAGUGCAACAACUCAUCAUCAUAGUCAUCGGGGGACUCAGUUUCCAGCAGUGAGGUUUUUCCGAACACAGCCGAACGGGCUCGAGGAAACUCGAGACGAGCGAAGCCAAAACGAGUGUGUUUAUUUAACACACUUCCUCGUUGCGAAAGCCUUCAGUUCGUGUCUGCUGCUCGCGAAGUGCGCGCCACAGUGAAGAGGGAAAGCGGAAGCGGAAACGUAAACGAAAACGUGACGAGAAAGGAAACGAGUGCGCAACCGAGAACGGAAACGGAAGCGAAGGAACAUGUGUGUGUGACGGGAAGAUCACGCUGAUCACUCCCAAAAAAAAUACAAAGAAAAGAUCGCUCAAUGCCAAGUAAAAGAUUGCUCAAUUUGUGAACUAGUGACCAUAGUCAGCGACUAAAACUGCCCCAUCAAAAUAAGUACCAACUCUAUCGCGGACUCUAGCCAGGCCAAAAGGCAGGCAGGCAACAUGUGUGCCCCGGGGAACCGCCGGCUCCUCAAUCGCCCUAGUAGCCUUAGAGCGCUGCUCCUCGUCCUGCUCGUUCAAGCCAUCCACGUGGAGUACGCCCGGGCGGACUAUGAGAACACCUGGAAUUUAUAUUACGAGCCGCCCUGCUGCACGGGCUCCUCUGCCGGCCAUCAUCUGCGCCACCACAAAGAUCAUGUCAAGGACUUCAGUUGCGGACCGCUGCACUACAAGACCUUCUAUACGGAUGAGCGCAACAAUGCACUUUAUGUGGGUGCCAUGGAUCGCAUAUUUCGGCUCAAUCUGCGCAACAUCAGCCAAUCGAUUUGCGAGCGCGAUGUCCUCAUACUGGAGCCCACCGGAUCGGAUAUCCUGAAUUGUGUGUCCAAAGGCAAACGAGAGAAGGUGGAAUGCCGAAAUCACAUAAGGGUUAUCCAGCCGAUGAACUUUAAUGGUCAGAAGCUGUAUGUUUGCGGAACCAAUGCACACAAUCCCAAGGAUUACGUAAUCAAUGCAAACUUAACACAUUUACCCAGAUCCCAGUACGUGCCCGGCGUCGGUCUGGGCAUUGGCAAGUGUCCCUACGAUCCCGCUGACAACUCAACCGCCGUCUAUGUGGAGAACGGAAAUCCCUUCGGCCUGCCCGCCCUGUACGCCGGCACGAAUGCAGAGUUCACCAAGGCGGAUUCCGUCAUAUUCCGCUCGGACCUGUACAACCUGACAAACGGACGCAAGGAGGCCAACUUCAAGAGGACCGUGAAAUACGACUCCAAGCUGUUGGACAAACCCAACUUUGUCGGCUCCUUUGAGAUUGGAGAGUUUGUGUACUUCUUCUUCCGCGAACAUGCCGUAGAGUACAUAAAUUGCGGCAAGGCGGUGUACUCCAGAGUAGCUCGAGUUUGCAAGAACGAUCGAGGUGGAAAGUACAUGAUCAGCCAGAAUUGGGCGACUUAUCUGAAGGCGCGAAUGAACUGCAGCAUCUCCAGCGAAUUUCCCUUCUACUUCAACGAGAUUCAGUCGGUGUACAAGAUGCCCACGGACGACACCAAGUUCUAUGCCACGUUCACAACGAAUACGAAUGGUCUGAUUGGGUCGGCAGUUUGCAGCUACGACAUCCGGGACAUCAAUGCGGCCUUCGACGGCAAAUUCAAGGAGCAGGCCACCUCGAACAGCGCCUGGCUGCCCGUGCUGAACUCCAAAGUGCCGGAGCCACGUCCGGGAACUUGCCACAACGACACCGCCACGCUGCCGGACUCCGUGUUGAAUUUCAUUCGCAAACAUCCGCUAAUGGACAAGGCGGUCGAUCAUGAAUUUGGCAAUCCGGUCUUCUUCAAGCGGGACGUCAUACUCACCAAGCUGGUGGUGGACAAGAUACGGAUCGAGAAGCUGAACCAGGAGUUCCUAGUGUACUUUGUGGCCACGACGACGGGUCACAUUUACAAGAUAGUGCAGUUUAUGCACUAUGGCCAGCGGCACUCGAAUCUGGUGGACAUAUUCGAGGCCUCGCCGACUAAUGAGCCGAUCAGGGAGCUGACACUAAGCCACAAAACAGGAUCCCUGUACCUGGCCACCGAUCACCAGGUGAAGCAGAUCGACAUAGCCAUGUGCGCCAGGCGCUACGACAGCUGCUUCCGCUGCGUUUCGGAUCCCUACUGCGGCUGGGACCAGGAGGUCAACGCCUGCCGACCCUACCAGCUGGGUCUGCUGCAGGACGUGGCCAACGAGACGUCGGGCAUCUGCGACACCAGUGUCCUGCGAAAGAGAGUCACCUCCUCAUAUGGCCAAACCCUGCACCUCGCUUGCUUUGUCAAAAUGCCGGAAGUGCUGAGAAAGAAGCAGACGCGCUGGUACCAUCACUCCACCGAAAAAGGACGCUACGAGGUUCGCUACACGCCCACCAAAUACAUCGAGACGAACGAGGGCGGUCUGGUGCUGCUGGCGGUAAACGAGGGCGACGGCGGGCGGUACGACAGCUACUUGGAUGGCACUCUGCUCUGCAGCUACGGCGUCACCGUGGACGCCCACAGAUGCUCCCCGCCGUCGCAGAAGCAGGACUACCAGAAAAUCUACUCGCACUGGUGCAACGAGUUCGAGAAAUACAAAUCGGCCAUGAAGCAAUGGCAGGCCAAACAGGAGCAAUGUGGCCUGAAGGACAAAACAGGACCAAUCAGCAGCAACGGCAAGCAUGUGAAUGAUGUGUUCAGCAACGAUGCUUUGGUCUGACCCAGAAGCGCAGAGAGGCAGUAAGCAUCCGAGGAAAAUUCGGAGAACCACUAUGAAAAUGUGACAAGGGCCGAGCUGAGGAAAAAAGAAAAAACAAAAACAAGAACAAAAACAAAAACAAAAACAAAAA